AUGGGUCGAUAUUGCUUCUACGUGCCGGCGGCCAAGUCUCGAGGAGGAUUAUUUGUUUUCACGGAGGCUCGUGGCGACUGGAUCCUCGACGCCACUAGGACACGGACUGACCGCCGCCUGUACGUGAAGCCGCCGCCUGGACGUGAGAAGUCCCAACCUGGACGUGAGAAGCCCCGCCUGGACGUGAAGCCCCCGCCUGGACGUGAGAAGUCCCCGCCUGGACGUGAGAAGCCCCAACCUGGACGUGAUAAGCCCCCGCCUGGACGUGAGAAGCCCCAACCUGGACGUGAGAAGCCCCAACCUGGACGUGAGAAGCCCCAACCUGGACGUGAUAAAUCCCGCCUGGACCCCCAACCUGGACGUGAGAAGUCCCCGCCUGGACGUGAGAAGCUCCAACCUGGACGUGAUAAGCCCCCGCCUGGACGUGAGAAGCCCCAGCCUGGACGUGAGAAGCCCCGUCUGGACGUGAGAAGCCCCCGCCUGGACGUGAGAAGUCCCCGUCUGGACGUGAGAAGUCCCCGUCUGGACGUGAAGUCCCCGCCUGGACGUGAGAAGCCCCGCCUGGACGUGAAGCCCCCGCCUGGACCCCCGUCUGGACGUGAGAAGCCCCGCCUGGACGUGAAGCCCCCGCCUGGACGUGAGAAGCCCCGCCUGGACGUGAAGCCCCCGCCUGGACGUGAGAAGCCACUCUGCACGGGGCCCGCUUGCACGUGCAAAGUCAAGGAACAGUUUGCUCGCGGGAACUCGCUUGCCGUGACCACGUGGCCACCCCCCUCUCCCCCUCCGGCGGCCCCUGUCGUGCCCCCCUCCCCGGCAACCGGGGGAGACGCCGUCAGGGGAGCUCGGGAGGCGCGCCGCGCGCAGUGCGAGACCGCGGCGACCACGGGGGACCACGGCGCGGCGCGUGCGUCUUCAUCGCGCGGCUGGCUGGAACGGUCCCCUGGAAGCGUGCAGCGGCGCCGCGGCCGAGCGAGCGCCGCUGACCUCGGCAGGGGCGGGGCGUCGCGCGCUCGCCGCGACAUCCUGCGGCGGCCGCGGGAACCUCGCCGCGCCGAGCGCUCUCGUGCUUCCUUGGGGAGGAAACUGAAUGCAGAGGUGAAGAAGCCGCGACAGCAGCUGGUGUGA